CACUGAUACAAAACGCGCAUCCCUCUCAUUGCGCACACGAGCGUAUUGAUUGUUAUCACAUUCAUAUUCAACACGAUCAUCAAUCACACUGUUUUGUCAAAUAACGACAAGCAGAUCAUCACUUCGACAUAAUAGACAGGCGAGGAUCUGAGUCUCUAGAAUCAUCAACAUCUAGAUUGCAUUCAAACGUGCUGAUUACGGAACUCUCAAUCCAGUCAAAAGGAGUCAGAGUGAAAGUUCCGGAAUAGUUCCCCUUUCAGCCCUACUUUGGAGUUCGUAAUCUGGCGUACGCAAAAACACUCGCAUAAAUUAUCACAUUUUCAGCUUAUUCAAUCAGCAACUGAAAAUAAUUGCAAGAGCUUUCGAGUGCGAUUGCCAAUUUCAUCAAUCACUCAACACGUCUGACUGUCUAUAGACAGGGGUGUUGAUUAGAGAAGAAAGACACGAAAUCACAUCGUGUCAACACCAUGAAGGGUCUCAAAAAGGCUAUGAACCUGUCAAGGUCAAAGUCUAAUGAAAACGGAUCAACACCAAGAGCAGGAGGCGCUUCAAUUCCAGUUCCACCACCAAAGGGAGGUUCAGUACCUGCUUCCUCUGCUUUCCAAGGCUCACUUAAAGGCUUAGCCACAAGCAGCACGAGCAAUAAUUCAUCGCCAUCCUCUUCCACUACAUCACUCACGCGUGGAUCACAGCCUAACGACGCUACAGCUGCAGGACAGGCUGCAUACGCAAGAGCAGGCGGUUCUUCAAAUCAGUUUUCAGGACAACAAGGAGGUAGUGGAAGUGCAUCUGCAUUAUCGGGAGAGCGAAGAGGAAGCUCCAAUUUAGCCGACAAAACUUCACCAGCACCGCCAAUCGUCGUUGUAUCGUCCGAAAUGCCCGCAGAUCCUAUUCCACAUACACCACAUCAUCCACAUACUGGAUCCCCCGGCUCUCCUCCGCCUCCCGGAGCUAAUGUGCCUGCUCUUUCCGGCUUAUCUAGUGGCUCAAGCUUGACUGCAUCCGAAUUGGGACCAGGACAACCACCCAAGGCUGGUACCUUGAACAGGCUGAGACAGGGAAUGCCACAAGGACCAAAAGAUACCAUCCCAAUUACCAGCAAAACACCACCAAGAAAGCAACGCAGCAGCAGAUUCCAUGUGACUGAAAAGAUUGAACUGGAGAAGCUGCCCAACUUUGGUGAAGUGGUUCCAGCUGAUCGACCUGAACUAUUUGUUCGCAAACUGCGACAAUGUUCAGUCGUAUUUGACUUCAAUGACGCAAGUCAAGAAUUAAAAGGCAAACAAGUCAAAGCACAGACAUUACACGAAAUGCUCGACUACAUCACAAGUCAACGAGGUGUGAUCACUGAACAAAUUUACCCUGAAGUGGUGGCCAUGUUUGGAGCCAAUCUUUUCCGCUCGAUUCCUCCUCAAGUCAAUCCAACCGGUGAUGCGUUUGAUCCUGAAGAAGAUGAACCUGUCUUAGAGCUUGCUUGGCCUCAUUUGCAAAUUGUCUAUGAGUUCUUCUUGCGUUUCGUCGAGUCGCCCGACUUUAAUACCAACGUAGCCAAGAAGUUUAUCGAUCAACAUUUCGUUUUGCAACUUUUGGAGCUAUUUGACAGCGAAGAUCCUAGGGAGCGCGACUUCUUGAAAACAACCUUGCAUCGUAUUUAUGGAAAAUUCCUCAAUCUUCGUGCAUUCAUUCGUAGGUCAAUCAACAAUGUCUUUUUCCAAUUCAUCUAUGAAACCGAGCGACACAACGGAAUCGCGGAACUAUUGGAGAUUCUUGGUUCGAUUAUCAAUGGAUUUGCUCUACCGCUCAAAGAAGAGCACAAAACGUUCUUAACCCGUGUCCUGAUCCCUCUGCACAAAGUCAAAAGUCUUGCACUAUACCACCCACAGUUGGCAUACUGUGUCGUACAAUUCUUGGAGAAGGAUAGCAGCCUAACGGAAGAGGUCAUCCUCGGAUUAUUGCGUUACUGGCCAAAGGUAAACAGUCCAAAAGAGGUAAUGUUCUUGAAUGAAGUCGAAGAAAUUUUGGACGUCAUUGAGCCUUCUGAAUUUGUCAAGAUCGAAGUACCCCUCUUCCAACAAUUGCAGAGGUGCAUCAACUCACAGCACUUCCAAGUUGCAGAACGAGCGCUAUAUUUCUGGAACAACGAAUACAUUGUGAACUUGAUCGGUGAUAAUGUUCAAGUGAUUCUGCCAAUCGUCUUUGCAAGUCUCUAUCAAAACUCAAAGAGUCACUGGAACAGAACGAUUCAUGGACUGGUAUAUAAUGCACUCAAGCUAUUUAUGGAGAUCAAUCCUGCCCUUUUUGAUAUGUGCACAAAUGAGUUCAAACAACAAAGACAGGCUGAGAGACAAAAGCUUAGAACUCGAGAUGAAGCAUGGAAGCAAUUGCGUGAAUCCGCGUUGAAGAAUAGCAAAGUGAUUGGCGCUGAACCACCUCAAAGUUUACUCAAUGACGAUCCUGCACCAAGAUCAAGUGCAGCCGAGCUUUUGAGUCUCUCAGAUAGUGAUUCUAUGGGAUCGAUUGGAGAUAUGACUGGAGAAGAAGAAGAAGGCACAGCACGAGGACCUGGAAGCAGCUUUUUGGAAGGAAUAAGUCCGGGAUUGUCAGGAAACGAAAAAGGAAAUGUAGGCAGCGGAGGAAUAUUUGCAGGAGGCAAAGAUGGUGGGCAGGAUUUUGAACAGGCGGGGCAGGUGAAAAAAGGUGGUGUAAUUUUGGGUGAAUCUUCAAAUUCAUCCUCUUCAUCAUCUUCGUUAACCGGCACAUCUACCCCGCCGUCAGCCAUCCAUCAGCCGGAUGCCGAUCGUUCUUCCUCUUCUUCUACGACGAGCCCGAAUACGACAAAAAUUCAUACCAAUGCGUUGACGGCAGGAUUACCACAACUUAAUCCAAAGCAAGUUGAUACAACUUCACCAAAUGCGCAUCUUCGUCGUAAAUCGAGCAUCCCUAUGGACACUAGCGUUUUGCAGGAACUGCGACAACAUACCUCUCUUGAGUGAUUGAGUGCGAUACUCACUCUUGGCAUCAAUGCUACGGUCAUCUAAUCUUGGACCACUCAAAAGGAACAAAACGCACUUGAUCAUUCCCACAUCCUGAUACAAUAACAAUUUUGAUUCAUCUAGAAUGUGCUUUUCUCUUAUUUCACAUCUGUUCGAACCACAUCAUAUUUUUUUUCCAUUCAAACGGUCAUACUUCUACAACAUUGUUCCUCAUUUAUUUUCUUCUUCUUCGUUCCAUUCUGUCUCACGCCUUCUUUUUGCAAUCCAAUGCAACCGUGAAAUUG